GAGAUAGAGAGAUAACGCAGUCUCUAAACGCCAAAAUGCCUAUCAACCAACCCUCCAAUCAGAUCAAAUUCACCAACGUCUCAGUCGUGCGACUGAAGAAGGGCAAAAAACGCUUCGAACUAGCCUGCUACAAAAACAAACUGCUCGAAUACCGCUCCGGCGCCGAAAAAGACCUCGACAAUGUUCUCCAAGUCCCUACUAUCUUCCUCUCAGUCUCAAAAGCCCAAACAGCCCCCUCCGCCGAACUAGCCAAGUCCUUUGGCCCCUCCACCCCCCAGGAUGAAAUCCGACAAGAAAUUCUCCGCAAAGGCGAAGUCCAAGUCGGCGAGCGCGAGCGCAAAGAGAUCCAAGAGCGCGUCGAAAAGGAGAUGCUGGAUAUUGUGUCCGGGCGGGUAGUCGAUCCGGGGACGAAGAGGGUGUACACGUCGGGGAUGAUUUCGAAGGCGUUGGAUCAGUUAAGCUCGGCAAGUGGGCAGCAGGCGCAGGUACAGAGUGCCGAGGUGGAAGCUGCGAAUGAGGAGGGGAGGGUGGCAGCGCCGCGGAAACCGUUGUGGAGGGGCGUUGAUCCGAAUAAAUCGGCGAAGAGUCAGGCGUUGGAGGCUAUGAAGGCUCUUAUUGCGUGGCAGCCGAUUCCUGUUAUGCGAGCUCGGAUGCGUCUACGGAUUACUUGUCCUGUAAAUCUACUCAAGCAAGCCAUCAAAGCUGCACCUGGGGCCAACGGCGGCAGCGAAGGCAAGAAAGAAGAAGCACCUAGCGGCGGAGGGUCAUCGAAACCGAAGAACAAGAAAGGCGGGAAAGGCAAUAAAAAAUCACGCAAGGGCGAUUCAGACGAUGAACUCGACACACCCGCACCACCUGCGAAGGAAUCGAAACAAUCUAAAGACUCCGAGGUAGAAACACCAACAAAAACACCGGGCACCGUUAAGGAUAAGAUCCUAAGCUACAUUGAAUCUGUCGAAACACAAGAAGUCAUCGGUGGUGAUGAAUGGGAAGUCGUUGGGUUUGCGGAUCCGGGAGCUUACAAAGGGUUGAAUGAGUUUGUGGGCAAUGAGACUCGUGGUAGGGGUAGAGUGGAGGUUCUGGAUAUGACAGUUACGCAGGAAGAGUAACGUACAUUCUUUUGUACUGUUUGUUCGUUGACAGAACUGCGCGGAUAUAUAUCUGAUGGGAGUUCAUGAUUGGUCAAAAGUUAGAUAUCCUCAAUUCAUUUUGUUUCCACACAUUUAC